AUGGACCCGGAUCUGCAGCGGACGGCAGUAACCAGUGAUCCUUCAGCACCUCCUGCUGUCGGGAAGCAUUUCGCUGGAAAUCCCCCAGCUUUACAGCCGAGCAGAGAAUGUUCAGAAAGACGCCAGCCAUAUAAGCAGCGCCUGAAACCCUCCAGGCGAUCUAUCCACUUCUGCUGGGCUGUUCUCUUAACGGCGUCGACUGUUGUUGCAAUCGUCCUGAGCUGUUCUCGUCCCAUUUAUAAGCUCAGAGAACGUGAAAAGGUGUCACGAAGACUCUCAGAGUAUCUACAGGGUAUGGAUGAGGCCUCUUUGCAGUCACUCAUCGUCGACAUGUGCCUCGAACUGUCAGAGGAAACUGGGCUGGCCCUUGGGCUUCCCACAACCAUAGACGCGACAAGAUCGCUACUUCUUGGAGCCUCAGAGGAACACGUGCUAUUGGAGACGCAGAGAGGAAACUGUGAAAAUUCUUCGCAUUUCAUACAGGACGUUUCAGCCCCUCCUCAGUUUUAUGAUGCCCCUGUGCCUCAUCCAGGGGCUAUAAUGGGUGGAAUGGUGGGGCAAAUACUGUGGGACAAUGCUGUAAAAGAGGCUCUCAGCAUUUUUGAUGAGGAUGAGGAGCCUUCAGCCCAAGAGGGCGAUUCAAACAUAUCAAAUAGCAGCACUUUCGAAAUGAGGGUCAUGCAGAAUGGAAGCACACAAAAUACGUCUUCACAACUUUCCUGUUCACCACAUUCAAUGCAUUCAGGCCGUGUGACGGUAAGAGAUCUUGUAUGGCCCAGUCAUGCAGCAUGUGGGGGCACGCUGCGGGAUCCGCAGAACACGCCACAUCCGACGGGGGAAAGCACCCAGGAAUUUGAGGAAGAUGACCGUCCACGCAAAGCACAAACAUGGAAGUCAAGAAUACUUAGGCUAUCAAGGCAUGACACAGCUCCCCUUGAAGGUUCCGACGAUUAUGUCGUGAUGCACUUUCCGACAAACUCACAUCUCUGGCAACCGCAGAGUCUUCCUCGAACGGUGCAAUGGAGCCACACCGAUGCUGAGAGGGCCCCACGGCAGAUUCUGGAAGGCCUUGUUGCACCGUCUGCUGUAUCAGCCGCUUCGUGCUUAGAAGAGGAACCGACCGCAUCAGCUGCAGGUUAUUCGAUGUACCAAGCACUGCCAUCAUGCAUGAUGAUGCCCAGAUAUACAGUGCCAGUCUGGCAGAAACUACAAGAUGAGGACAAAAAGACCAUUACAUUGACAUUGCCUUCAGGCCCCAUACAAAUUUCACCCACAGAUCAUCCUUUUUAUCGCCUGCCUGUGGUGGAAGCAGGCGUCGAAGUACGCAGACUUGACAGUGAGUACUGCCUUCGGGAUUUAAACCAAAAAUUUGUCCUGGGGGUCGAGCAGCUGGCGCACAUACGCACGUAUCUUGUUAGAGAUAGAAUUCAGCAAAAUGAGAGAGUGAACAUCACACUUGCAGUUGAAAGACUGAUUGUUUUACUGCUCCAGAAGCACCAGAACGGGGUGGCGCAAACCCACCCAUGCCAUGCAGCCCGCGUCCUAGGAAUCCGGUACUUGAUUUUCGACGCUAUAGUCGCUACACUGCAACUCUUCGGCCCCGUAAUGGAGGCGGAGCGCUGGUGGAGCGUGAUUACGGCACUGGUGCCGACGAGGGUGGGUUUCGCUCCAAGCGCGGAAAGGCAAACGCGUAGCGAACAGUAUGUUCAACUCGCGACGCGUUUGAGUGAAGCACUUGCUUUGUUGAAGAGGGGCGUAAGGCCCUCGCCUGCACACACUGUUGCCCUAAAAAUGGCACUGUUCUGCCAUCCAGAUGGACCCCCAUACUUUCAAGGUCCAGCGUGGGACGAAUGGCGGGAGGACCACGAGUUGUACAUUCAGAACAAAAGUUAA